UAGAGUUUUUCUUGGCGCGGUUGAAUCUGUCCUGCGGACCGCAGAGGAACAGCAAGGAUGCAGCGCGACAAAACCGGAAGCUCCGGCGGUGGGGAUAAGCCGGACAGAGAGACCGCCAUCAUGUCUAAAUACUAUGAUGGGGUCGAGUUUCCCUUCUGUGAUGAAUUCUCCAAAUAUGAGAAGCUUGCGAAGAUCGGCCAGGGCACCUUCGGGGAGGUGUUCAAGGCCAAACACAGACAGACGGGGAAGAAGGUGGCUUUAAAAAAAGUACUUAUGGAGAAUGAGAAAGAAGGGUUUCCCAUCACUGCUCUGAGGGAAAUCAAGAUCUUACAGCUGCUCAAACAUGAGAAUGUGGUGAACCUCAUUGAGAUCUGCAGGACAAAAGCCACCCAGUUUAACCGUUAUAAGGGCAGCAUCUAUCUAGUGUUUGAUUUCUGUGAGCACGACCUCGCUGGACUGCUGAGCAACGCUAAUGUUAAAUUCACUCUGGCUGAGAUUAAGAAGGUGAUGCAGAUGCUGCUGAACGGACUCUACUACAUACACAGAAACAAGAUCCUCCACAGAGACAUGAAAGCAGCUAAUGUUCUGAUCACCAGAGAAGGUGUUCUGAAGCUGGCUGAUUUUGGAUUGGCCAGAGCGUUUAGUUUGGCUAAGAACAGUCAGGGGAACCGCUACACAAACCGGGUCGUCACACUGUGGUAUCGACCGCCUGAACUGCUGCUGGGUGAGAGAGACUACGGGCCUCCCAUAGAUCUGUGGGGUGGAGGGUGUAUCAUGGCAGAGAUGUGGACCAGAAGCCCCAUCAUGCAGGGCAACACAGAACAGCACCAGCUCACCCUCAUUAGUCAGCUGUGUGGCUCUGUUACUCCUGAGGUUUGGCCCGGUGUGGAUAAGAAGUAUGAGCUGUAUCAGAAGAUGGAGCUUCCUAAGGGUCAGAAGCGUAAGGUGAAGGACAGACUGAAGGCUUAUGUGAAAGACCCGUACGCUCUGGACCUCAUCGACAGACUGCUGGUUCUGGAUCCGGCUCAGAGAAUAGACAGCGACGAUGCUCUCAACCACGACUUCUUCUGGUCCGACCCCAUGCCCUCCGACCUCAAAAACAUGCUCUCCACACACAACACCUCCAUGUUUGAGUACCUGGCACCGCCACGCAGGAGAGGUCACAUGCCCCAGCAGCCAGCCAAUCAGAACAGAAACCCUGCCACCACCAGCCAAUCAGAGUUCGACAGGGUGUUUUGAUUUGUCGGGCCGGCUGUGAUUAAGAAGGAGAGAGAGACUUCUGAUUGAAUAGGAGGAACCUUUAGUGAUCUCACCUGAUGACAAAAUAUAAGACAUUUCCACAUAUAUCUUGAGUUAGUGUUUCAUCACAGUGUUGUGUUGGACAUCAAUGGAGCAGGCAGAUACAGUUCCUGUUGUUUAGUGUUUGCACUCACAGACGCUUUAUCUAGAUUACAAAAAAAAAUACUGAUCAUUAAUAAGAUGAGUUCAGUUGAUAUGAAUUACAGAAUCCAUUCUGAGCUGAUCCAACAACAGCAUGAGUUUAUUGUGCUGCCAGUGUAUUGCGGGAGAAAAAAGAAGUGUACGUAAUGUUUUCAGACAGAUUCAGUGUAGUGUUGAAUACAAGUCUGCUUUUCCCAUUGAAAAUACUUCUGAAAAUAUGUUUAGUCUGGGAGAGCCAUUAACCAUUAUUUAAACACCUGGUCAUCUUUUCAGAUUUGAUUGUUACUUUAGUUUUUUAAGGAUGUUUUUAUUUGUAAGAUCAUGUGUUUUUGUUGGGAUAUUGGUGUAUAAGUUACUUGUAAGUAUAAUACACUAAUAAAACCUUUCACAUUU